UCUUCUCCCCGAAUCUGCAGCUUUAUUUGCAGGCAAAAGUCGAGCGGAGAGCGGAAGGGUAGAGAGAAAGUGAAGAAUGCUUGGUAUCUGUUCACGUGAAAAAUGAAACGCCUUGUUGCCUGAAGGGCUGAUGGAUGAGCAGUCUGGCGGCAGUUGGGACGAUCGCCAUGUCAUCAUGUGUUUCGAGUCAGCCUGCUGCUGAGAAGACGCCUGUUUGCAGGGAUGAGCAGAGCAGCACCAGAAAGACCAAGCAGCAGCAGCAGCAGCAGCAUCCCCCGGACCUCGUGUGCAGCAUCUCACUACUGAACCUGGACGUCGGCAUGGAGUCCCUGAUUGUGGUCACAGAGUACGACCCAAGCUCGGCCGGGCAGGGCGACGGCAAGGACAUGGACAGCUGCAAUUCCCCCGAGCUUCAGCCCGACUGCGGCCGGCUCACCGAAGCGGGGGUCUCCGCGCCCCUCUUCAGGAACGAGCAGAACCAAGGGGGCCAGGAGGCCAGAGUCCGCCUCAACCUCUCCGACCGCAAACUAUCCCUGCAGGAACGCUCCCAGACUGCCCAGUCUCCGGGCAGCAACCCAGGGGUAAACGGACGCUACAUUUACCCCUCCCUGCCCUACUCGCCUGUCACCUCACCCCACUCCUCCCCUCGCCUGCCACGGAGACCCACGGUUGAGUCUCACAGAGUCUCGAUCACUGAUCUGCAGGACUGUGUGCAGCUCAACCAAUACAAGCUGAAAGAUGAAAUUGGAAAGGGCUCCUAUGGAGUUGUUAAGCUGGCUUACAAUGAAGAUGACAACACCUACUAUGCAAUGAAAGUUCUUUCCAAAAAGAAGCUCAUGCGACAAGCUGGCUUUCCUCGUCGGCCCCCCCCACGGGGUGCUAAAACCUUCCCUGAGGGCCCCCCUCAGCCGAAGGGACCCCUGGAGCGAGUGUACCAGGAGAUUGCCAUCCUGAAGAAGCUGGACCACCCCAACGUGGUGAAGCUGGUCGAGGUACUGGACGACCCCAGUGAGGACCAUCUGUACAUGGUGUUUGAACUGGUGAAACAAGGUGCUGUAAUGGAAGUUACGACAGACAAACCCCUAACUGAAAACCAGGCACGGUUCUACUUCCAGGAUUUGUUGCGGGGAAUCGAAUUUUUGCACUAUCAGAAGAUAAUCCACCGGGAUAUUAAGCCGUCCAAUCUGCUGGUGGGGGAAGACGGGCACAUCAAGAUCGCAGACUUCGGAGUCAGCAAUCAGUUUGAAGGCACAGACGCCCUGCUGACCAGCACUGUGGGUACUCCAGCCUUCCUGGCUCCUGAGACCCUGUCCGAGACCAGGAAGAAUUUCUCAGGCAAGGCGUUGGAUGUCUGGGCCAUGGGAGUCACUUUAUACUGCUUCGUGUUUGGACAGUGUCCCUUCAUGGAUGAGCGGAUAUUGAGCCUGCAUCACAAAAUUAAGAAUCAGCUUGUGGAACUGCCAGAGCAACGAGAUGUAUCUGAAGAUUUAAAGGACCUGCUAUUAAAAAUGUUGAACAAGAACCCGGAGACGAGAAUCACAGUCCCUGAGAUGAAGGUCCACCCCUGGGUGACGAGACAAGGGGCCGAGCCUCUCCCCUCGGAGGAUGAGAACUGCACGCUGAUAGAGGUGACCGAGGAGGAGGUGGAGAACUCUGUCAAGCACAUCCCCAGCCUGGCUACAGUGAUUUUGGUGAAGACCAUGCUUCGGAAGCGAUCCUUUGGGAACCCCUUUGAUUGGAGCAGGCGAGAGGAACGCUGUCUGUCUGCCUCGGGAAACUUGCUCAUAAAAAACAAGUCAGGAAAUGUGAAAUACUGCUACAUUCACAGUAGCCACAGGAAGCAAGGCAGCGGGGACAGUAUAAAGAGCGCAGACCUGCCGGACGUGGGGGAGGAUGAGGUCCUGUCCUGAAGGUGGCUGUCGAUUUUAGAGAGCGGACGGAUUGUCACGAGUCUCUGAAGCACUGGAGGCUAAAGCACAUCUGCUGCCAGCAGCGAGGUCUCAUGCAGUGGUUUGAAGGAGCCCCCAGAACAGUAAUCUGUUUGUGUGCAGCUUUACAAUAGGCAGGCGCCUGGCAUGGGUCAGUCCUUGUGGUUUGCAUGUUUUCAAAUACAAGAUAAACAUUUCAUCAAUGAUCCGGACUUGUACAGCAGAUCAGUAUCUUACCUACUGGUGCAAAUUACCACCCUCCCCCAGCAUGAACUGCUUUACUAUUUGUGAUCGGUAUAGGAUUGGAUCGCUUUUUAAGUGUACUACUUUUUGGGGUUUUUAAUAUACUUAAGAAUUGUGGUUUAACAAAACCUGAUACUGAUAUAAAGGUGCAGUUUGAACAUUUGUUUCUUUAAAGUGUAUUUAAGAAAAGGAUAAUAUACAAUGUCCUGUAGUAUAACAUGUUGGAUAUCUGCAUACAUUUCGGUGGCAGGAGCAGUACUGUUAUUGUUAUAGCACACAAUAGCAUUCUUUAAGCGUUGUUGUGGAGUAUUGACGUAUUUGUCACUGCGUUUUUUUUUUCCAAGUCUUAGGAGCUUAUAGCUUUGCUGUUAAAUUUAACGGUCACUACACAGUUGGUACAGUAAAUGUAUUUACUGCUUUCAAUAUCGUUUUAAUAAAACGGUAGUUUAGGCACUGUGCGAGUUGCCUGUUUUGAUCAAGUGCCACAUUAUCACUAAUCUGCUGAUUCCAAGUUCUUUCUACAAACCUCUGAUAAGCUAUUUAAUAUAAAGAUUGACAGCAAUAUUGAGAAACAACACAUACACGAUAGUGCUCACUUGAUGGUGCUUCUUACUCAGUUAGAAAACCAUUAACUUAAGCAUGGAAUAACACCGGCGUGUUUCUGAAUCCGAGCUGCGGCUGUUUUCACAGACCGUGAUUACCACUAAUCCUGAAUUACCUAAUGUUACCAUAGGCAAGGUCGUCCGAGACCAGUGUUAAUCAGGGUCUGGGAAACUAGCCGUAAAUGAAAAGCAGGCUGAAUUUUACUGGAGUUUGGUUGAUGGUUUUAAUGAUUUUUGUGACAGCUUGGAAAAAAAAAAACGCUUUUGAGAGGAAAAAAACACCAAACGGUUUUGCCUGUUUUGGUACAAGGGCUAAGUGACCUAUUUGCAUUACAAAGCAUUACAUUGUUUUACUUUAAACAAGAUGGCCCUAUUUUAGCCGAGUGACUUGAAUAAUACAUGUACCAAUGCUUCCAUAAUCAAUCCACUACAUGGAUGUAAAAUGUUUCAAAUAGGAGCUUUGUGGUAGCGACUGCUUUCAAUACACGCCUAGUAAAUAUACCCUGAUUAACUGUUGGCUGUAAAUAGAACAAAACUGAAUCUCUACUAUGUGAUAGUCCAGUAUUUUAUUCUAGUUCCAGUUAGGGUGUAUCGUAGUUGUUAGUUGCAGAUAAAUGGACUUCAGCAUGUAAUGCAGUUGAUUCUGAACCAGUCAGUUGAUUAAAGUAAUGCUUCCGUAUGCUUUUUUUUACAUUUUGUAAAUACUGAUUGAUAAUUAAACAAGAGGUUCUGGGGGCUGAGGCAAACCAGAACACUAUACAUGCAUCUUUGGAUAAUAUAAUGGAAUUCGAGGCAGGAAUGGUUACAGCCCAAUGUGGUCUAAUACAUUUUAUAAAUAUAUGUUUUUAAAUGUACUCGACUUUAUUUAGGUGCAGGUGAAUCCCAUUAGUAGUUAAGGGUAGCCCUAAAAGUGUGCAGGAACAUGACAUGCUAUAUGAAAGGUUCUGUGCAUUGAUUAAGCCUCAUUGUACAUUGAAUAAAAAGUUCAAUGUACUUCUCUUUCAGUCUGUGAUCCUAUGCACUGUUUACCCUGUGCAUAUCUUGGGAACAGUGAAAGUGGUUUUUUGUUUUAGCUCCCCUUCUAAUGGCCUGUUUCUCUUGAUAACUGUUACAAACCCAUCAGAAAAAGGUUUGGCCCUACAAUUCCAUGUGAAUUCAGAUUCCUAGAAAAGUGAAAAAGUAGCAAUGGAAUCUGUUCAAUCUCUGGAGGGUUAGGGAGGUGAUUCUCAUUGUGAACCAUGGCUUCAGUGUGGUAUUGAUGAAGAUUAUUAUUAUUAUUAUUCUGCUGUUUAUUAGCAACCCUGAUAGACAACUUUCAGUUAUUAACAACAUAUUCCCAGGAAUCAAUCCCGUCCCAUAGACUUUAAUGUUAAUAAAAUUCUGAUAUUAGCAACUGCACGCCACUUAUUGACAGCUUUAUUACUAGCUGCCAGUGCUACAGAGCGCACUUGCAUGAUUUAUGCGCACACUUCAAGCAGCUUUUAUAACACACUGACUUCACAACUGCGUAUUCCUGGCGGACUGAGGUAGAACCGUGGCUUUGAAACUGGCUACGAAGCUGCACGCAAAAUCGAGAUGGAUUUACAGCGAGAGGGGAUACAUUGUAAAAAGCAGACAACGUUGGACAAUUUCAGGCAGUUCAUGUGACUGAAAGUUAGAUAGACGAUAGUGGUACUGAAAUGAUUCAAUCUUAAUAACCUAAUAUCAAAUCUGUAAGGAAAAAAAGCGACCAUUUUAAAACCACAUUUAAAACUAUUGUUUUUGUUACUGUCAAAAUCAUAAAACUACUAGAAAAUCCCCGACUGAUGGCUGUGGAAAGUAAGUCCUUCUGCCCUUGAUGUCUUCUGAAGGAGCGGAGGGAGACAAACGCUAGACUUUUAGGGUGACAUUUUUGUAUGCCUUUGAGAGCACACCUAGGCCAAAGGCCUUGUUAUACUGCUGUAAGUUAUUGCUGUUCCAGUGUAGUAGAAUGGACUGUAUUUCUUACUAUGAUAUAUAUGGACUGUAUUUCUUAUGUUUUAUAAUAGAUGCCACCCUUCUUUGAAGUACAAUAGCAGAUGUAUUGGUUGUUAUUAUCAGCCCUGGGCUGCAGUGUAUCUGCCUAGUUUAAUAUAACGCAUGUAUACAGGACGUUUAAAAACACAGACCUAGGUUAAGAAAUGUUAACCUGAUGUUGCAUGGUGUCCCAAACAAGAACAUGUCCCAAAAAAGUUACAUACACUUGACAAAAAAAAAGAAAAAAAUGAAUUACUGCACACUGAAAGAGGUACAUGCUGUGUGAUAAAUAUAACAAACACGUCGCGCAAAGCUUGCUAUAUGGACCACCUAAUUCAAUUUCCAAUUUCCUUGACACAGUGCAACAGAGGGUUAAAGCCGGUCAGUAAUCUAUCAACUUGCAUACAAUCUUAACUCCAAUGAAGUAGUGUAUGCAGAAUGCAAAGAAGAAAAAAAGUAGUAUACGUGUGAUAUAUAUAAGAAGCAAUACCCUCCACACAUUGGUAACUACGGCAACCAUUCUAGAACAUUUGGUGUUCAAAUCAAAUCAGCCAGACGAGAGGAGCACAGUAUCAUGAGAGUCCAUUGGCCCUAAGACUGCAAGUAGUGCUUUGUUUGCUAACUGGAAAGCAGUGGAAAUUUAAAAGACAAAAACAAUGCUGUACAAAAAUGUCACUUUGGAUGAGAUGUAAGGAAGGCUGCUUCGUGCAAUUCAUUUAUCUGUGUUGGGUAUUACUGCUCAUGUAUUUUGAGGUAAAACUGUUAAAAAAAUAUAUAUAUAUUAAAAAAUAUCUGAACAAAAUGUCUUGAUAUACUGUAGUCAUGUUUAAAAAGAUACAACUGCCUUCCCACUUCAGGGUCUGGCACAAAACAGUAGUUGCUAAGCCUUAAGCACAUGCUUCAUUCUUUACUUGCUCUCCUGUACUGCGUAUCCAUGUUAUAUAGACAGCUGUUCACCUGACAGCAGAGGCUGAAAUGCACUACACACGGCAGGGCUAUGAAAGGUCUUGAAUACAGCUUCAUGGUGAAAUAUAUAUUAUUUAAAUAAAAUAAAAGUUGCCUUCA